GGACAAUACAAAAUUCAACGACAUUAGCAAGCAAAGUGAAUUCAGCUGCCGGUACGGAAACAUCAUUUAAUUCUGUAACUACCCCUAAAAAUACCCAGAAAAAUACCCAGAAAAAUACCCAAAUAAAUACCCAGAUAGAUUCACAGAUAAAUUCACAGAUAAAUACUCAUAUAGCCACUCCAACUUCACCAAAAACUUCAGUUCAAAAUUCAAAUAAAAUUCUAAUUUCCUCAAGAAUUCUUUCUAUGACUUCAAAUUCCAACACACAAACUACAGAGUCUACUCCUUCACUCGCAAUUAAUGACAACUUGCCCGUGAAUGUCACUUCCAAUUCAUUAGUAAUUAUCAGUCCGACUACUACGUCUGUUCACUUUGAUACCAAAGCGGCCACAAUUGUUCAUCCAAUCUCAUCAAAUAGUCCUACGUCUAAUCCAUCUACUCCCGUGUCUAAGGCAUCCGUGACUGAUGCACCCCCUGCUCCCGUGACUAAUUCAUCCCCUACUAACGUACCCUCUGGAACUCCUUUUAAAAUACCAUCUUCUACUACAUCAAAGCCCAUUCAACAACAAGAUUCUACUCCAUUAGCAGCUGCCGGACCUUCAAAAACAACGACGCUUUUUCUUAGUACGACUAGUGUUAUUGCAGCAUUUACUACGGAAAUUACGACCACUAAUUCUAAUGGUGAUGCGACUGUAUUAGAAUCUAGCAUCCCAGCAACUACCGUUGUAGCUGGUUAUCAGGUAGUAACCGUCGUGCCAGACGUCGAUGAUCAAUCCGCUUUGUCUUCAGCAAAUAUUAUAAAAUUUAAUGCUGGCUCAAGUUUCUGGGGUGUUUGGUUAA